AUAACAAGUUAUCUACUAUAUAUGAACUGUUGAUACUAAACAAUAUUAUAUAUAUUUUCUUCAAGUAAAUAUACCUGUACUCGUUUAUGUGUCUUUACGUUAAGUACAUAGACAUAGAGAACUAAAAAUGGCGCGGUUUUUAGUUGCACUAGUUUUAACAUUAGUUGCAGUGACUCUAUCCAAAAACAUUCCAGAUCCUAGCGAUCUUGCUUUCGUCCUAAGUGAAAAUGACUUUGAAGAUUACCUGGAUUCCUGGCUUCAACUCAAGACAGAAGCUAAUCGAUUGUCAACUGUUUUCUUCAAUUCCCAAAGCGGUUGCACAUUGGAUGUAAAUGAAGACCUUGGACAACCACAACCAGUGUAUCUAAACAAUAAUACUUAUUUGACGCCUACUGGUGCAACCGGGAAGAUAAACCUUUACUCUGGAGAACAGGUUACCAUUGCCUGCCCGGGAUCCAAGCGCUCUAUCCUACAUCCUAAUGUUACUGCUUCUGUAGCAACAGCUACAGCUGUGUGUGUAAACAAUGAUCUAGUGUCUGGAGCCGGUUGGUUAAACGGUACCGGGACGUUCAGUGGACUAACUUGCUCAUCGCAUCCAACGCACGAGGCCGUAGCCACCAAUGAGACUUGUUAUAACAACAAUCUUGUUAUUAGAGUUGGUUUCACUGUGGAAGGGGUGUUUUAUCCCCUUUACUGGUCUUGCUUCGAUGAACGUCGCCUCGAAGUUCUUUAUGUGUGGUACGAACAAAACCCUCAAAACGUUGUCUUCCAAUCUGGUAUUAGCAGACCUAAUUUUGCAGCCAGUACCUUCUACCCUGGAGUACCUGUAGAUAACAUGUACAAAGUAGCGACACAAAAAGAAACCAUUGCCGAACUUGUAGGCAACGAUCUGGCUAACAAAUACAUUACAAACCGGCAGUACUUAGCUCGUGGCCAUCUUGCUGCUAAAACGGACUUCAUCUAUGCUAGUGGCCAAAGAGCCAGCUUCUACUUCAUUAACGUUGCUCCUCAAUGGCAACCCUUUAAUGCUGGUAACUGGAACUCAGUAGAACAAUACUUGCGUGCCCGCAUCGGCCAAGCUGGUUAUAACACCGUGGUGUACACUGGCACAUUCGGCGUGUCUCAGCUACGUGACGAGAACGACCGCCUUGUCGAUGUCUACCUGUACACCGAUGCCAAUAACAACCCUCAAAUCCCUGUGCCCCUCUACUAUUAUAAGGUACCUAAUCAUCUUUUAAUCAUGUCAGAUAAAAGACAUCCACUUUCAAAUGGGGCUAUACACACCUAAAUUUUGAAAAGCUCUGUAGGUGAAGUUAAAUCAAAAAACUAACAUCUUGUAAAUCUUGAAUAAUUUUAUUACCCUAUAUGAAUCUUAUGUUGCACACGUCUUCAGGUUGUCUACGACGCAGGCCGUCGUCUCGGCACAGCGUUCGUAAGCAUCAACAACCCUUACUACACGGAGUCUGAGGUGCGUGCUCUGACAUUCUGUACGGACCACUGCCGUAACAACAGCGCGUUCAGCUGGCUCAACUGGCAGCCUGACCGCAUUGAUAUGGGUUACAGCUUCUGCUGCACCGUCGAUGACUUCAGAAGGACUGUCCCCCACCUUCCCGCCUUCACCGUAACUGGUCUUCUUAGUUAAACCUAUAAAUAGUUACUUGUUUAGUAAUUUUAGCCGAACAUAUAC